GGACUAUGUCACCGCCUGCAGGCUGCUGCCCGAGGAGGCGCUGCUGGCCGCCAAGGCCUACGUGCCCUGGAACCAGCGGGGGCUGCUGCUGGCCGUGCUGCGGGAGGAGGCCCGUGGGAUGCUGCAGCGAUCGCCACGCGCCGGGCCGUCGAGAGCGCAGGGCCGGAGGGAGGCCGCGGAGACCGGCGGCCCCGGCACACAGGAGGGGGACGCCUGCGGCGUGCACCAGCUGGCCACACUGCUGAUGGAGCUGGAUUCGGAGGACGAGGCCUCUUGCCUCCUGGCGGCUGACGCCCUGUACCGCCUGGGCCGCCUGGAGGAGACACACAAGGCCCUGCUGGUGGCCCUCUCCCGGAGGCCCCAGGCAGCCCCUGUGCUGGCACGGCUGGCCCUGUUGCAGCUGAGGAGGGGCUUUUUCUAUGAUGCCAACCAGUUGGUGAAGAAGCUGGUCCAGUCCGGUGACACCGCCUGCCUCCAGCCCACCCUGGACAUCUUCUGCCAUGAAGACCGGCAGCUGCUUCAAGGCCACUGCCAUGCCAGGGCCCUGGCCAUCCUGCGGGCACGGCCAGGCGGGGCCGACGGCAGGGCCCACACCAAGGAGGCCAUCGCCUACCUCUCUCUGGCCAUCUUUGCUGCAGGAAGCCAGGCAAGUGAAUCCCUCCUUGCCCGAGCCCGCUGCUAUGGGUUCCUGGGCCAGAAGAAGACGGCCAUGUUCGACUUCAACGCAGUGCUGCGGGCUGAGCCGGAGAACGUGCAGGCACUGUGUGGACGGGCAUUGGUGCACCUGGCCCUAGACCAGCUGCAGGAAGCCGUAGACGACAUCCUCUCUGCUCUGAAGCUCGGCCCCGGGACCGUGGUCCCUGAGCUCCGCUCUCUGAAGCCGGAAGCCCAGGCUCUCAUCACACAGGGCCUCUACUCCCGCUGCCGGGCCCUUCUGAGCCAGCUGCUGGACACUGGGGCCCCUCUCGAGGACGAGGACACCCAAGGCCUCCUUGCUGUGGGGCAGGCGCUGAUCAAAAUCGAUGCAGGGCAACUGGACUGGCAUCUCCUCCUGGUGGACAUUCUCAUGGCACGGGGCAGCUAUGAGGAGGCUGGCACCCAUCUGGAAAAAGCCCUGCACCCUGCCCCAACGUCAGAGGCAGCCCGGGCCCGGCUGGGCCUGCUCCGGCUCAAGAAGGGAGACGUGCCAGCGGCUGCACGGGACCUGCAGGGCCUGGCUGAGGUGGAUGCCCCGGAUCUCAGCUGCCUGCUGCAUCUCCUGGAGGCCUCAGAGCGGCAGAGCCUUGCCCAGGCUGCAGCCUGGGAAGCCGGCACCCUACUGGACGCAGGGCAACCCAGGCGGGCGCUGGGCUACUGCUCACUGUCUGUCCUGGCCGGUGGCAGCAGUGCCUGUCACCUGCGUCUGCGAGCCACCUGCCUGGCCGAGCUGCAGGAGUUUGGCCGGGCCCUCAGGGACCUGGACCAUGUGCUCCAGGAGACUCUGGGGGACAGUGACCUCCCAAGGCGGGUAGAAGACUUCUGCUGUCAGGGUCGUCUGCUGCUGAGCCUGGGGGACGAGGCAGCCGCCGCAGGGGCCUUUGUCCAGGCCCUGAAGCUAGCGCCCACCUUGGCCCAGAACAGCCUGUGCAAGCAGCCAGGCCGGGCCCCCACCGCACGCCUGUUCCUCCUUCGCGGGCAGCGCUGCCUGGAAGAGCAGCGUCACCCAGAGGCCUGGACGGCGGCCGAGAGUGGCCUCCUGGUGGACCCCGACCACCGUGGCCUGAAGAGACUGAAGGCCAGAAUCCGGAGGGAGGCAUCCGCAGGCUGCUGGCUCCAGUGA